AUGUAUACUACAGGUCUGACGUCCGAGCUAACUGAUGCGCUGAAGAACAUCGCCGACAACAUCCCUGAUCUACUGAUUCCCAUCCAAGACCGUCUGCUGGAGAUGCUGAGCACAGUCUUGUCUGCCCCAUACAACGAACCAGGCGAACAGAGCGGCAGUCUCAUGACUGGGGGGACUGUGCCCACACCCAUGUCCAGCACAG